UACGCACCCUUGUAAAAUUGCUACCUAAAUGUCCAAUGUCAAUCCUACCACAACAAAAUAGCCUCUUAAAAUCAUCACACCAAUAUGCUACUAAAAGAUACCGAAUUAUCCGCGUUAUUCCCAUUCGGGUUCGUUGCGCCGCCGCCACCCCGGUUAAACCAAACCCCGGUUUAACCCGUAUAGUAGUAAAACCAAGUUCUACCAAACCUACACCGGCUAAACCUCCAACCCCUAAAGGGCCUAAGCCCGAUGAUCCAGAGUUAAAAUCCACAUGGGAGCAUCGAGCUUGGUUAGCUAGUGGGUGCACUACUUUGCUAGUUUCUCUAGCCAAGUCCAUAGUUGCCUCAACGGAUUCCCAUAUUUGGGCCGAGCCCAUCUUAGCUGGGCUAGUCGGGUAUGCAUUGGCUGAUCUCGGGUCUGGAGUCUACCAUUGGGGAAUUGACAACUAUGGGGAUGCAACAACCCCAUUAUUUGGGGGACAAAUUGAUGCUUUCCAAGGGCACCACAAAUGGCCAUGGACCAUAACAAAACGCCAAUUUGCUAACAACCUCCAUGCAUUAGCCCGGGUAAUAACUUUCACGGUACUACCCAUUAACCUCGUCCUCAAUGACCCGACCCUACUAGCGUUUGUCGGAUCGUUCUCGGGUUGUAUCAUGUUUAGCCAACAAUUUCAUGCAUGGUCUCACUCAACGAAGAGCAAGCUACCCCCAAUAGUAGUAACGUUACAAGAUUUAGGGGUGUUAGUGUCACGGUUCGAACAUGCUGCCCAUCACCGUGCUCCUUACAAUGGUAACUAUUGCAUAGUAAGUGGAAUUUGGAAUACAAUUUUAGAUCAAAAUAAGGUUUUUGAAGCACUUGAAAUGGUCUUAUUCUUUCAAUUAGGAUUUAGGCCAAGGUCUUGGAGUGAACCUAGCUUGGAAUGGAUUGAGGAGACUUCUUCCUUGCCUCAAUAAUAAUUAUUUUUUAUUAUAUUUUCUUUUGAUUUGUAAUUUGAACAUUCAAAAUGUAUCUAUUUUUGUCAUUUGUAUAAAAUUUAUUUAUGAUGUAUCUCUCCA